AUGGCUGCAGCGGUGGCGAUGCGAGGGGGAAGCAGCGACAGCGGAGGAUUUGAUAAGGUUCCCGGGAUGGACUCGGGGAAAUAUGUGCGCUACACCCCGGAGCAAGUUGAGGUGCUCGAGCGGCUCUACAUCGAUUGCCCCAAGCCAAGCUCCUCACGGCGGCAGCAACUGCUGCGCGAGUGUCCUAUACUCUCCAACAUUGAGCCAAAGCAGAUCAAAGUCUGGUUCCAGAACCGAAGGUGCCGUGAUAAGCAGCGGAAGGAGUCUUCGCGGCUUCAGGCUGUGAACAGAAAGCUGACGGCAAUGAACAAGCUUCUUAUGGAAGAGAAUGAGCGUCUUCAGAAGCAAGUCUCUCAGUUGGUUCAUGAAAAUGCGCACAUGCGGCAGCAGCUGCAGAAUACUUCAUUGGCCAAUGAUACAAGCUGUGAAUCAAAUGUCACUACCCCUCCAAACCCUAUAAGGGAUGCAAGUAACCCUUCUGGACUCCUUGCGAUUGCAGAGGAGACCUUCACAGAGUUCCUCUCAAAGGCUACUGGGACAGCUAUUGAUUGGGUCCAGAUGCCUGGGAUGAAGCCUGGUCCGGAUUCGGUUGGUAUCGUGGCCAUUUCGCAUGGUUGCCGUGGUGUUGCUGCCCGCGCCUGUGGUUUGGUGAAUCUAGAACCAACAAAAGUCAUAGAGAUCUUGAAAGAUCGUCCCUCUUGGUUCCGUGAUUGUCGAAGUCUUGAAGUGUUUACAAUGUUUCCAGCUGGAAAUGGGGGAACAGUUGAACUUAUCUACAUGCAGAUGUAUGCCCCAACAACUUUAGUCCCUGCACGUGAUUUUUGGACGUUACGAUACACGACAACAAUGGAAGAUGGUAGCCUUGUGGUCUGUGAGAGAUCCUUGAGUGGUUCUGGAGGCGGUCCAAAUGCAGCCUCUGCACAGCAAUUUGUUAGGGCUGAAAUGCUUCCAAGUGGGUAUUUAGUUCGCCCAUGCGAAGGUGGAGGUUCGAUUGUGCAUAUAGUGGACCAUCUAGAUCUCGAGGCAUGGAGUGUUCCUGAAGUGCUUCGACCGUUGUAUGAGUCUUCUAGAGUAGUUGCUCAGAAAAUGACUAUGGUGGCACUGCGCCACCUUAGACAAAUUGCUCAAGAAACAAGUGGAGAAGUAGUAUACGCCUUGGGAAGGCAACCUGCAGUACUACGGACCUUUAGUCAAAGACUAAGCAGGGGUUUUAAUGAUGCCAUUAGUGGUUUCAAUGAUGAUGGCUGGUCUGUAAUGGGGGGAGAUGGCAUUGAAGACGUUGUUCUUGCUUGCAACUCAACCAAGAAAAUUAGGAAUAACAGCAACGCUGGGAUUACAUUUGGAGCCCUGGAGGCAUUAUUUGUGCGAAGGCAUCCAUGUUACUGCAGUUGUGCGUGCACAUUUGACACUAGAAAUUUGAGUUUCGCCCCUAGUGUCCCACCAGCAGUACUGGUCCGAUUUCUGAGGGAGCAUAGAUCUGAAUGGGCCGAUUACAAUAUUGAUGCGUAUUUGGCUUCAUCACUGAAGACCAGUGCGUGCUCACUUCCUGGGUUGCGACCUAUGAGAUUUUCUGGGGGGCAGAUGAUCAUGCCACUUGCUCACACAGUGGAGAAUGAGGAGAUUCUUGAAGUUGUCCGCCUUGAAGGACAACCUCUUACUCAUGAUGAAGCUCUUCUUUCAAGAGACAUCCACCUUCUCCAGCUUUGCACUGGAAUAGAUGAGAAAUCUGUGGGUUCCUCCUUCCAGCUUGUGUUUGCACCAAUGGAUGAGCACUUUCCGGAUGAUGCUCCAUUGAUUUCUUCUGGCUUUCGUGUUAUACCACUUGAUAUGAAAACAGAUGGUGUAUCCUCUGGCAGGACGCUAGAUUUGGCAUCUAGUCUUGAUGUGGGUUCCGCUGCACCCCAAGCCUCAGGGGAUGCAUCUCCAGAUGACUGUAAUUUGAGAUCUGUGCUGACAAUCGCCUUUCAAUUCCCUUAUGAGAUGCACCUUCAGGACAGUGUUGCAACUAUGGCCCGUCAAUAUGUUCGUAGUGUUGUUUCUGCUGUGCAAAGAGUGUCGAUGGCUAUAUCUCCCUCCCAAUCUGGUCUAAAUGCUGGGCAGAGGAUGCUUUCUGGCUUCCCUGAAGCUGCCACACUUGCUAGAUGGGUUUGCCAGAGUUAUCACUACCAUCUAGGUGUGGAAUUACUUAAUCAAUCAGAUGAAGCUGGCGAAGCAUUGUUGAAAAUGCUCUGGCAUCAUCCAGACGCUGUUCUGUGCUGCUCUUUUAAGGAGAAACCUAUGUUUACGUUUGCAAACAAGGCAGGGCUUGACAUGUUAGAAACAUCUCUUAUUGCCCUGCAAGACCUGACACUAGACAAGAUUUUUGACGAGUCACGAAGGAAAGCAAUGUUCUCAGAUAUCUCAAAACUAAUGGAACAGGGCUACGCAUACCUGCCGUCAGGGGUGUGCAUGUCAGGAAUGGGUCGCCAUGUUUCUUUUGACCAAGCUGUGGCGUGGAAGGUGCUCGGUCUUGGAUCCAGUGUAUUUAUGAAGAAACUGGAGAUUAUGCCAAGUCUUGUCGCACUUCCGUUUGACUACCCGACCAAGGGCUGUUUGUCAAUCUCGUUUGGCAAGGCAACCGAGACGAUGCUGGCAGUUUUGGUUCGUCAUUCCAUUCAGAUGUUACUUGCUGAUGUUAUGGUGUCGCUGAUGUUAAGGUCUGGAUCAAGCCAGGAGCAACAAAAGCAUGCUGUUCCCAAAUAG